AGCACUAAAGUCACCAUUACCGCGACGGCAUCAGAGACAAGUUGCCACUAGCGGAUCGGAGGCGCGAAAAAAAGGUCGAAUUACCAAAAAUUAAACAAUAUUUUAUUAUUAUACUGAAUAUGCCCGAGGAAGGUACUUUGCGUAGCUCUCGUGAACUUAUUUACAAUAUAAACGCGGAUGUAUUAUAAUAAUAUACGAAUAUUUAGAAUUUUUGAGUUUAUGAUAGGUCAGCCAAAUAUAUACAAUCACGCGAAGAGAUUGUGUUUAUUGUGUCAGUGGAUUUUACUUUGAACAUAUCGAAUUAUUAAUACAAUGUGGAUAGACGGUGUGAGAUCGUCAUUAAUAUUUUUAAUUAUAUUGUACUUCGGUCCAGGAGCUUUGGGAUCUUGGGUUAGAAAUACAAGAAAUGCCCAACCACGUAGAAGAUAUGGUGGGUUUGGCAUAAGUGGCGGUUAAUUAUGGAUAUUACUUGCGUAAAAAUUCACCAAUAAAUAAAUGGAAUACACAAGCGGCUAAAAAAUCUACACAGGCUAUAAAUAAUACACUGGCUACAAAUGAUACACUGGCUACAAAUGAUACACUGGCUACAAAUGAUACACUGGCUACAAAUUAUACACUAGCUACAAAUGAUAAACUGGCUACAAAUGGCACAGAGGACACAAACUCAACCAAGGAUAUAUACAUAAGUAAGGCGCCGUGGCACGCGGGGCUGUACACCAAGACUACGGACCCUUACAUGCAAAUAUGCGGAGGCACCAUUAUCGCUAAGAAUGUAGUCUUGACAGCCGCACAUUGCCUCACAAGAGACAGAACGAAACCCAAGGCGUCUCUCUUCGCCGUAGCCGCUGGUAAAGUCUAUCGACCAUGGAACGCCCCAAACGAUGUAGGAGCUCAGAAAUCCAACGUGUAUGCAAUCGAGAUCCCGCCGCGGUACCAAGGACCUGUGGGGAACUUCCAAGAGGACAUCGCCUUACUGUUCCUCAACAAGGCACUCAGAUACAACGAGUUCGUGCGACCAGCUUGUCUCAACUUCAAUCCGGAUUACGACAAAACACAGCUAGAGAAAAACGUGGGCAGUAUCGUGGGCUGGGGUCUGACGGGCGAGAACUCCUUGCCGUCUCAGGUGCUUCAAGCCGCUGAGCUCCCGAUCGUUCCCAUCGAAAAGUGUUUAGAGGAGAGCCCAGUGAGCUUCAGGAGCUCCAUCACCGGGGACAAAUUCUGCGCCGGACAUACCAAUGGCACAGCGGUGUGUCGCGGCGACAGCGGCGGCGGACUGACCAUCCCCGGCAUCGUGAAGCGUGCUAACGUCGAUCCGCCGUGUUUUGAGUUGCACGUGUUCCUCCGCGGCGUGACUUCCACCUCCCCCACUUCAGACAACUCGUGCAACGUCUACACCUGGGCCACCUUCACCCACCUGCUACGUCACGAGCACUUCGUGAAGGCCCACGUGCCUGAUAUAGAGGAGUCUUGUGUGCCCUUAAUGGUGUAUAAGGAAAAUGAACUACUACCUGUUUAGUCGCCACCAUUCCGCAAAGACCAUCAGCCUGAUGCGGAGCAGUUAGACGAAGCGCUGAAACGCUAUACCAAGCCCAUCCAAUUUAAAGGAAUAGACUUUAAUAUUAUCAUUAUUUCAAUAAUAAGGUUGCUUUCAGCCACAACAAAUUUUGCCAGGAUCUAAAAAUAACAAUCGAAAUUCUUGCCGCCAGUGUAACCACUGGACAUAAUCAGUCUUACUUAUAAACUUUUUUCGAGUUAAUAGGUGCUUAAGAAUUGCUUAAAUAGCUGUCAAAAACAUCACCGGCAGCAAAGGCUGAAUUACUUUGUCUGGUACAGAAACAUAACCCAGAACAAAUUUAUGAAGCUGAUAAGAGAAUGGAAAUGAGUGAGAGUUAAAAUAUAAACUUGCCAUCAGCAGAAGUGGGGAGAAUUUGAUGAAAUAAGGCAAUCUUGUGAGUGUGCUACUCCACAAGAUUGAAAAAAAUAAACAGAUCAUGUCGUUUAUGUAGAAAAUGCAUACAAAGGAAGAAAUAAAAUUACUGAUGAAGAAAUAGAGCGGUUCAUCAUAAAUGUAUUAUAAGACGAUAGCAAUGAUUAAACUGCCACACAAGAACUAGAAUUUUUAAAUUUUGAUAUUGAUUAGUACUCAUAUAAUAAAUGGAUAUUUAAAUAACUAA